UUCCAUGUAAAUGAAAGCUCAGUUCAUUUCACUCUUCCAAUUCAUCCCAAGCCAAACCUCACUAAUCCCCAAAAUUCUUCACCGUCAAUCGUUUCCGCUCUAAUCGCCGCCGCCUCUCCGAUCAAACUCCGGCAAUUCCGCUUCCACCAAUCCAGGAAUGGCGGAAGACUUCUCCAGAGCGGUGGAGCUCGGGCUGAAGCUAUCGAAACGAAUCUACUACGGCAAGGACAAAUCGACGGCCGCGUCGGCGCCGCCGCGGCAGCUCUCGAUGACGGCGGAGGCGGAGAGCUUCCUGCCGACUGCGCCGAUGGUGUACGCCGAGAUUAACGACCCGUCGAUGGUGGAUAAUCCCGACGUUCCGAGUUACCAGCCGUACGUCUACGGCCGGUGCGAUCCGCCGGUGCUGAUUCCGAUGCGCAUGCACCGCGUGUCGCUGGAGGUUGAUUGCUGCUUGGAUACGGCGUUCGUGACAGUCAGCGGCGCGUGGAGGCUGGACUGCGUCUCCGCGAGUAGGAGCUGCAGCUGCCGCAUUGCUAUGCCGAUCGGCGAGCAGGGUUCAGUUCUAGGUGUAGAGGUUGAGAGCCCUUUCAAGUCAUUCAGUAGAGAGCUGAUCCCAACAGAAGAUGCUGCAGCAGAUGCAGCCAAAACAGCCAGCAGUAAAGAUGGAUUCUUGAUUAAAGGCCACCUCUACACAUUUAAAGUUCCCAAGAUUGAUGGAGGGACUAUUCUAUCUGUCAAAUUCAGUUGGUCCCAGAAAUUGUUGUAUCAAGAUGGCCGAUUUUCCCUGAAUGUGCCAUUCACUUUUCCUUCUUAUGUUAAUCCAGUGGUGAAAAGCACAAGUAAAAAGGAAAAUAUUUUAGUGAAUGUGAAUUCUGGCACUGGAACUGAAGUGUUUUUUGAAAGUACUAGUCAUCCUAUCAAGAAAACAAAACAUGAAGCUUCGAAAAUAGGAUUUUCUACUGAGAGGGAAGUUCCAUGUUGGUCCAGGGAUGACUUCAACUUUUCAUACAAUGUCGCUUCAAAUGAAAUUGUUGGUGGGGUGCUCUUGCAGUCUCCACCCCUUCAUGAUUUUGAUGAGAGGGAGAUGUUUUGUUUGUAUCUAUAUCCUGGCAAAAUCAUGAAUCAUAAGGUUUUCAGAAAAGAAGUGGUGUUUCUUGUCGACAUAAGUGCAAGCAUGCAAGGAACACCGCUUGAUUGUGUUAAAACAGCUCUCUUAACUGCGCUCUUUAAGCUUAACCUGGUGGACACUUUUAACGUCAUAGCUUUCAAUGAAAGCUCAUUGUUAUUUUCUUCAUCAAUGGUUCAAGCAACUAAAGAGAUGAUUGGAAAAGCUUCUGAAUGGAUUGAGAUGAAGUUUAUAGCCGAGGGUGGCACAAAUAUCGCAGCUCCUCUGAAUCAGGCAAUCAACAUGUUCUCAAAAGCUGGAGGUUCGCUUCCCUUGGUUUUCCUUGUUACCGAUGGAGCUGUAGAAGAUGAAAAGGAGAUUUGUGAUAGAAUGAGACGUCACCUCGUGGAGGCAGGAGGCUUGAUCACUCCAAGAAUCUGCACGUUUGGAAUAGGUUUGUACUGCAACCAUUACUUCUUGCAAAUGCUUGCACAAAUCGGAAGAGGUCACUGUGAUGCAGCUUUUGAUAUAGGAUGUGUCAACUCGCGGCUGGAAAGAUUAAUCAGCAAUGCAUCAUCAGUCGUAGUAGCAGAUAUAAGCGUUGAUUCUCUGAAAGAUCUCGACUCCCUUGAGAUUUAUCCGGCUCAAACUCCUGACCUAUCGACCGGAAGUCCAGUACUGAUAUGGGGAAGAUACACCGGAAGCUUCCCUGACAACGUAGAAGUUUAUGGCACCUUACCCGAUUUAGGCAAGUUUGAGAUAACUAUAAAAGUGCAGAAUGCAAAAGAUGUACCUAUUGACAAAGUGAUCGCGAGGAGGCAAGUUGAUUCACUCACCGCGUGUGCAUGGUUAUCCGGAAACAAACAGUUAGAGGAGAAGGCUACAAAACUGAGCCUGCUUACCGGGGUGCCUUCCGAGUACACCAGCAUAACUGUUGUCGAAACAGACAAAUGCAUAUUAGCUGCCAUGACAAAAACAGUCGAAGAGAGAAGAGACGAUGUUGGAGCAAAGAAGAAGACAUUCAUGCGCACCCUAGGGAUCGGGUUUGGUAACCUCGAGGCCACAGCUGAAAACAGACCACCUGAACAAGCCGAGCCAAAGCUGUAUGAAACUUCAGAGAUGAUGCUCAAAGCUGCAACGAACCUUUGUGCCAAGUGGUGUGAUUGCUGCUGCUGUAUGUGUUUCUUGCAGUGCUGCAACAAGGUGAACGACCAAUGCGCGAUCGCGUUCACUCAGCUCUGCACGAUUCUCGCGUGCUUCGAGUGCAUCAAUGUGUGCUGUGAGAUAUGUUCUGGUGAUUAAGGUUGGUGUUUGUUGAUGCAUUUGCAUGGAGGGUGUGUUGGUGUUGUUAAAUUAUAAUGCUGUAUGUAAUUAUAAUAGAGAAUAAUAAACUGUAGAGUGUACUACUAUUAGUUUUACUUUGGAUUAUGUGGAGAAAUCAAUGAGAAAAAAAAAAGAAAACAGUUUUCCCUCUUCAAA